AUGGCAGUUUGGGACGAUCUACCAGACGAGCUAAGGCUCCAGAUCCUGGGCUAUUUGACCCACGACAAGGGGAACCGCGCACCUUACGGGAGUACCUGCCGACAGUGGCAAGUGGUCAUGGAACCAUUCAUCUUUGAGGAAGUGACGUUUCACGUCACAAAUGCCAGUAUUUUGUCGGGAAGCCAUACCCCUGAGAAAUUGGCGACAAUUCUCAGCGGGCCUCGGCUCAAGUUUUUAAAGAAGCUGCGCCUGAUUAUUGCCAUUGAUAUGGUCACAUUUACGAGCAUCUACGAUAUGCAAAUGCAACGGAGAAAGCUUGGAACAGGCCUAGUGGAUGUAAUUGAUGGGUUCAUGGAUGUACUCCGAGACUGGGGCCACGAAGCCUCAUUCGACUUGGAGAUCAACGACGUUAUAGACUGCGGACAUCACCUUAUCGAGUACGGCAGCGAUCUUUGGCUGAGAGAGAAUCUGCAGCCGGUUGAGUGUGUCCGCGCGCUUCGACGCCUUUCGAAUAUUGGCCCCUCAAUGGAUUGUAACGUGGGCGAUUAUGAGGACUCGGAUCUGCUCAAUCUCAUCCUACGGACGAUGUCAUCAAGUAUGAAGGAGCUGUCGGUGGGCUGUGAACGACAUGCGUGUCAGAGCAUGACAGCGUUCGGACGUAUACUGCCAGUCAGGCCAUUUCCGCCGGGCCUCACGCGUCUCAUCAUGCGCAACGUCGCACCUCCUCGCGACUGGAACGACGAUCCAGCGUGGUCCGUUCUGUCAAAUCGGCUCGAAGAACUCCAUGUCGACUAUGCAGUAUGGGAGUGGGGUGAGAUUCCGCUCCGGACAUUGUGCGAAGGUCAAGCGGGUAGUGCGCCACUCACCUGGCCCAACAUGCGACAUCUUACCUGGGGUCGAGUGCCGUUGGCAGAAACCCCGGACGAGAUACUCCAGCUUGUCGCCAAAGCUGCGGAGAGAAUGCCUCGGCUCGAGUCGUUGGGUCUAUGGGGAGACUCAUAUCCAGGACCUCAUUUUCACCUUCGCACGCCGUUGGCUGCCCAUUUUCAAUACUCCGCGAGAGAAGGCUCUGCUACUGCGCUUUACGAGAGUACCGGGGAGUCACAGCCUAGCCAAGACACCCUUAACGCCUGGGAGAGGGUAGCUACAUUGAAAGGCCUUGCCGGUCUAGAAUUCGAACUUAGGUCGCUGAGCAACUUUGAUUACAUGGAAACAUUUCCGAGUGCUGCGGCGGAGGAGUUUCUUUCCCAUCACGUCCAGAUGAACGACCCGAGUAACGAUAAACCCGACACGGAUUGCUAUUACCCAGAUCAUAUACUGCUGUCUAAGCCAUAUCCGUCGCGGCCGACCGGAUUGAAAAGGAAGUAUGUGAGACCCUGUGUGAGUACCCAUGAGACAGGCUUUGUUGGUGGUUGGAGCGAUAUUUGGAUCAAAUAUCUGAGAAAAGGAGCACCUGACGACGACGAAGACGAUGAGCGAUUUAGAGAUUAG